GCCAAUGGUAAGCGUUUGAGCACAUUGGGUUUUUUCCAAAGGAAAAGACUCUCACUCUAUCUGGUUGGUCAUCACCUACUCUACGAGCAAAUUGAGCACGCUAUUUCCGACAGGUUAAGGGCCGAAGAUUGUGGCCAUGACAGGAGUUGAGCGUGAGAUCACUCUCCGGUUCGGCGGCGAGCAGCCUCCUCUCGUCAUCAAGGAGAGUGUGGCAAAGCAAUACAGAUACUUCACACAGGUCACGCAACGCCAGCACAGCUAGCACUAUGGACACACGAGGGCAAGGUGCAUUGCAUUGAUCCAGGUGUUGAGCGGUGCUUUUCGCGAGGGGCAGCAGCAAGAGAUGCGCAUCGACAGCAUCGACCGCUCGGUUGCACUGGAGGUGCUGCAGCCUGAUGGCGACAUCGCUCCUGCGAUGACCAAGGACAAUUUCGUGAGAGAUCUAGUGGCCAUCGACUACCUGCAGCCGCUGUGGGUCACAGACGGCAACGCGCGAAGCCUGCUGGGCCAAAUCAAACGACGGGUACGGUGUUGACUGACUGAAUGAGUGACGCACUGAUAUUAUUGCUCUACUUGGUUUGCUGCAGGUUGUCGCGGCGGGUUGGCUGGCUGACUCGUCUGUGGCAAGGGCCCUGCUCGACAGCUUCGGCAGUUGCCCGCUGAUCGCCCGGCUCAUCCACGGCUUCAAGGACAUCCAGGCCCGCCUCGUGGCCGCUCUCAUGGCCGACCCCUCGGUCCUCCGUGAGCAGUGGAAGGCGUCGGUCAAGGGACAGGAGGGUGAGGCCAUCAAGGCCGCUAUCGCCCUGACGGAAGCAGUGGGCGACGCCAUCUCCGCCGGCAACAUGAGUGCCUCCAAGGAGCAGCUGGGCCUCUUCCUUCAGAUCGGCACCGGCGCUUCGAGCGCUACAGAGGCCAUCGGUCAGACACCGACACAGACAGACAGGCAUUGGUGUGACAGCCAGACAGGCUUUGCUUUCUGUGUUUGUUUGGUUGAUAAAUCAGCGCGUGUGAAACAACACGAGGUCUUCGUCUCGACAUCCACGUCACAGCAUGCCCUCGCUGUACCUCAACCCACCCCAUCCGCUGGCAACGUUUGGUUCCCACUUGAUGACGGCCGCCUCGCGGUUGGCGCCUACGGUAUCCCUCGUAUAGCACCCAUACCACCGUUGGCACCUAUCGCAGCUGGAGUUGCCGCCCCGGCACGUAACCGCGUCAUUGAUCCCCCCGUCGAGAUACGCGUGGAGGCGCCAGGGGGAGGCGUGACGGCGACCACCAAUGUGACUGACAUCAAGGACUGGGGGGUCUUCGUCAGGUUGUCCAGCCGACUGUGCACUGAGGGGGGUACUGCCGCCUGUUUCAGCCUGGAUUGGUCAGUGGAGGCCAGCAACGCCCAAGGCUCCCCCGUGCCACUUCACGCAGCCCCCACUGUGAGCCGGGAGUGUGUCAAGGACGAGGUCAAGUAUUUCGGCGUCGCUCUUCUCGGCGCAAGCCCCUUCCUGUGCUACGUCGAGCCCAACCUGCCAGCCGACACGCUGCGAGAGAAGGGCGUGGGCGACGCCAGGUGCAGCGACGUCAAGGUGAACUUGGCGAUUACGACCUACCCGAUGCGUGUGAUGGCGCUUCACUACCUGCGCAAGUGCAUUAAAGACUCGCACUGGGACGAAGUCGCCACCAUAGCCAGGUGAGCACGCGAGCGCAACCGUCAGAGCAUUAUAGGGGUGUAUGUGUCGAUGUUUGUGUUGGUUGUUCGUGUGUGCAGCUCGCUGGACCGUGCCGUGGCCAUGGUGCUGAUGGCCCACUGGAGCCGCAUGCCGGUGCGGCGGCAGCUGCUGCUCAUGGCACACUGGUGGAAGGGCAUCAAUGUCAACGGGCCGACGGGCGGCUUCAACGCGGCAGACGCAGCGCUCCUGGGCAACGCAGUCCGGCGGCACAUGGCGGAUGUGCCGGCAUUCCUGCGAACACUGGGGCACCUUCUCAGCCAUGAGGACCGCAACAAAGUCUUCGAUGCGCUCGAUUGCCACCUUUGGCGGGCGGCGCUCAGCAGCCUAAUGGACACUGUGUCGACGCAGCAAAAGGAGGUCAGACAAGCAGGCAGACAGGCAGAUUGGCGCGGCUCAUAAGCAAACGGGCUGCUGGUGCUGCUGUGGUGGCUGUGGUGCGUUCAGAUUGAGUCGCUCAGCAGUCAGGUCGCCACACUCAAGCUGCAGGUAUGUGUGCAGGUAUGUGUGCAGGAAGCUGAGGAAAGUGUCGACAUGCUGCGCCUGAUUGUUUGCAGCUUGACGAAUGCCGUGGGUCUUCGUCUGAUAAACGAGUCACACCGAACUGAGACGAUCGGGCUAUCUCCCGCGACUCUACAUUAAUUGUUGUGCGAGUUGUCCUUUUGUCGCCGUCUGUGCGGUGCGUGAGGAGACUUGUCCUGUGUGUGCCGUGUCGGUCACCUUUAUGUUGGCCAAGUGCCUGACUGACAUUUGGUGUGGUGUCAUCAAAUCAACUCAAUGCUAGUUACACAA